GCACCUGGAAUACAUACCACACCCAUACAAGACACUACGAUCUUUGACGGGGCGCUUCCACUCGUAGGAAUCUAUCUACUCCAAGGAAUGACUGACAUUGAGCUGAAGACGUCUGUGCUGUGUCACCCAUCACAGUAACAGGUGUUACAGGGAGCAAUCAGAACUAACCCAAACGUUCAGUGCUUUGUUAAUAAAGCUCCCCCUACAGCCACUGUCAAUUAUGCUCUCAGGGAACACUGUACAAGGGAAGGGCCCUGAGCACAGGUCAUGAGCCCCUCACCCUAAGGAAACACACGUUUCCUCAAGCAAGUCUCCAUUUGUCCGUCUGUCCCUCCAUCUGGAGCACCUCUGGAGGCCAGGCAGGCCUGAGCAGCCCCGUUCAUCUGUGACACCUGACAGCCUCUGUGCUCCUAAGCGGAAGCCGGGCCCCCACAUCUCCAUACUGCCUGGCACCCGCGUAGCCACCAGGCAGCUCCAGUCCCAAGACAGCCUCUACGGCCCAAGGCCUGUGUCUUGUUGCUGGGCCCCCCGCCAGGGGCCGCCUGGGAGGAGAUGUGGACCCCUGGAGGGCAGGAGUUCCCACCUGGCCUCGGGAUGCAAAUGAGUCCCCCCCAGGAGCGUCCCCCUAUCUGCACCCAGAACCUGAAGGAGCUGUUACUGGAGCGGCGCCCACCCAUCGUGACCGACCUGCAGAUCCCCGGCCCCACCAAGUACCAGGUACCCGAUGCUUCAAUACGCGAGUGCUCCCCACAUCCCCACUUCAGCAUCGGCCGCAAGCACUCCUCCCGCGAGGGCGGUGGCCGCAGGGCGUGGCAGACAGCGUGGUUCCAGAGCGAAAGCCCCUUCACACAGAAAGUCGACUUUAACCAAGAGCAAAAGUGGCCAUCGCCCGCGGACUAUCAACCACUCAGCCGGCCUGCCUGCCCGGCCUUCAGCUUUGGGGGCCGCCGCCCCGCCUCCAAGACAGUUGAGGCCCGCUCCCGGCCGGGGCUGCUGUGGGCCGGGGGUGCGGGUUACCGUGCCCAGCCCCGGCUCCAGGCCCCUCCUCAGGCCCCGGGGGGCGAGAAGCGCCCAGGCCCCAACACCUACGAAGUCUCUCCUGGGUGCCGGCUGCAGAGCCACCGCCCGCCCGCCUUCUCCAUGAGCCGUUCACCUGCGUUCGCCUCCUGGCCCACACUCCCGGCCCAGCUGCCUACCAUGUGGAGGAUUGCUAUAACUCGCGCUUCCCCUCAGCACCUGGGGUGGUCAUCCAGGGCGUGCGAAGACCCAAGCGCCAUGACACAGGACCCUUCUGCACGCUGUAGCCCCUGCUGGGCUCAGCCGGCCGGCCGGGUAUCCACGGAACCCUGGUCUCCCCGGGGGGUGGGGGGGUGGGGUGGGGCCCAGUUUGGCCUUCUGACUCUCUGGGCGCCUCUGAUGCCCCCUCCUGGCCGGCCAAUCCCUCUGUGAGCUGCGGACAGCAAGGAGAGCCCAGCCGGAAGCCCUCACCUGCCCACCCCCUUGCCACACAGAGAUGCUGUCGGUUCUUUCCA